GCGUGCGCCGGUGUAUUUGCAAGAAGCCGUAGUGGCGAGUAGAGGGGAGUCGUCUCUGCUGCUGCUGCCGCCGCCGCCGCUGCUUUACCGACCGAGUGACUAUCGGUCCGUCAGUUUGCCUGGCCGUCGCCGCAGCAAUAUUGAUGCUGCUAAUGCCACUGCCUUAGCGAUUACGACGACACAUCAGUCGACAGCAGCCAGCCAUCACGAGCCCCAUCACCAACAGCUCCAGUAGUAGCAGCAGCAGCAGCAGCAAGACCAUCGCUCUCUGUAGAAGAUGACGGCAGGCCAACAACCAGGAGACGAGGAGUAAAGGGGCGACUUUCCAGACCUAUUCGUCGUGUCGAACUGUGUGUGUCCGUUGUCUGUUGGCUGAUGACAGUCGUUGCUGCGGCGGGGUUCAUGCAGCAGCAGCAGCAGCAGCAGUAGUUGUAGCAGUGAGUACGGUGAGGCAAUGCACCUCAUGCUAGCUGCCCUGUGUCCGUCACUCUCGAUCGAUUGGGGUUCGAUUUUUUUUAAUUGACUCGGACUUGGGCUGAUCGUAUACGAUAGCCGUCGUAACACAACUUGUUGCUUGUGAUCUAGUGGAGUGAAAGUCCUUGGUGGGCUGCGACGAUUGGUAAAAUAUCGAUAUUGUGAGUGCUUUCGUGAAUGCCGGAUUCAUCCGUAUCUAUCGUACAAUACGAAAUUCAGACGAGAUUAAGUGUUCACUUGAAGAAAAACUUUGUCGAAUGCUGUUAGUGUUGACACCAUUACGGCUGUGUAAUGUAUGCAUCGUCUGGAUGUGAUUGUCAUCGUUCGAGGUGAAACGCAAAAGAGUGAUCGUCGAUACAAAAGAAAUAGGUGCCCACGUUCACGUACUGUUUCAAUAGCAAAUAACUACUAACAGAAUCAUUUGCAUUACCGUAACGUCGUAUUCAGUGGCGGUAGUGCUGUCGUUUCCCUGUUGGCGAACUGAUCUGGUCUACCGGCAAGUACACCGGUGGAUGAUAUACAAGUGUGACUUUUCGACGACGCUUUUCGGAUGUCUAAGGAUAUUUUUUGCACUGCCUCCUAUUGACAUUCAGUCUGGGCAGUGCUAAAGACAAGUAAAAGCGAUUUUUGUGUCUAAACUGUUCAGGCUAAGGAUCAGCUUAGAAAAUCGUCAAAAUGAGUCUCCCGCCAGAAGCGCCCACGAUCAGGCUCUGUCAUUUGACCAAAUGGAACGAUUUCAAUGGCUACGGAUUUAAUCUACACACUGACAAAGUGAAGAACAUCCAGACGCUAGGCGAAAUAGACAAGGGUUCACCUGCGGAGGCCGCUGGUCUGAUGAAGGGCGACCGAAUCGUCGAGGUAAAUGGCCAGAAUGUCUUCAACGAAAACCAUAGACAGGUCGUUGAACGUAUUAAGGCUGUGGCCCAUGAGACUCGAUUGCUCGUUGUUGAUCCGCUUAGUGACCAAUGGUAUCGUGAAAGGAACAUUGUCAUCCAUGGAAGUCUGCCCUCUGUCAGAGUGCUAACUAGCGCCAAAGAACAACAACAGGCACUUCAUCGUCAACAACAACGAAAUGCGACGAAGAUGACUAACGGCGGCUCGGGAGCAGUUAUUCCAUCCGACGCUCCUUCGCCGAGGCUUUGCCAUCUGCGCAAAUGGGCCGAUUUUGAAGGAUAUGGAUUCAAUUUGCACGCCGACAAAGCCAAGCGCACCCAGUUCGUUGGAGUCGUCGACCUUAAUAGCCCUGCAGAGUCUGCAGGCAUGAAGAGAAACGAUAAAAUCAUCGAGGUGAAUGGAGAGAACGUUGAAAAUUUGACUCAUCGCGAGAUCGUUGAUCGUGUCAAAGCGGUGCCGAAUGAAACCACUCUUCUGGUUGUUGACGACGCCACAUACAAAUACUAUUUCGACAGGGGUAUCCAGAUCAGUUCCUCGUUGAAGAAUGUGCUCCGCCUGGAGACCCCGUCGACGAAUCCGCUCAACAAGAACAAUAGCGCCGCCCCCACCAAGACGAACGUGAGUCACGCAUACAAUAACAGCAACAAUAAUAACACAACAACAGACAAUACUCCUGCUAUCACCAAUAACCUUACAACAACGAACGACCACGAUAAGCAGACCACGCAAACUCCUUCUCAACCUUGCACCCCCCCGCCCACAGAAGACAGCCAUGAUUCUGAGGCUAACCACCUUGUCCCCAGACUCUGUCUCCUGCGCAAAUGGCAAGACUACGAUGGCUAUGGAUUCAAUUUGCACGCUGAUAAGACUAAUAACUUGCACUAUAUCGGCGAAGUGGACGAGGGAUCGCCAGCAAAACUCGGCGGCCUUCAGCCGGGUGAUCGACUCGUUGAGGUGAAUGGAACCAACAUCGAUAACAUUGCUCACCGGGAGAUCAUCGAACGCAUUAAGUCAAACCCCAACCAGACAGAACUCCUUGUUGUUUGCAAGGAAACAGAUCGGCUUUACCGCGAGAAACAGCAAGUACCCCGCCAUGACAUGCGUGAAGUGCGCCAUCUAGCAACGCCUGCCCGAGACGCGGAGCAUAUGGAGGAACAUGACGGCUCGUCGAAGUCUUCAAGCCCGAAAAUGCUUCCCUCGACUCCCUCGUCAAAUCGUUCUGAGGAACUUUCGCCUUCAUCGAAUGCCGAUGACUAUAACGUCACUGAGCUAUCUCCCACUCCUUCAAACAACGCUGAACCGCCAGCGUAUUCGGAGACACGCAAUGGACGCGGUUCAGCUGAGGCCGCUGCGUCCUCGCCCGAACCCCUCACGGAAGCAGAAGGCCAAUCCAACCAGGACCUUAGUGACAGAAUGGCUAACAGUACACUCAAUGGAGAUAACAAUCCACGAGCUGAUAUGGGCGGGGAUGUCUCACCAAUUUUUUCCAUGAAAGCGUCAGAUGUACGUGAGAUGCUUAAGCAGCGCAAGAAGAAAGAUCCUCGCGGGCAGAAUAUGGACUUAAUGCAGAAAUUCAAAAUUAUGGAACAGCUUUAGGCCACAGUUUGGGAACGAAUGACAUUGAACUUAUAUCGAUUGCUUAAUUUUCUAGAUUGAAUCGAUACAUUUACAAUGGAAGAGAGAUAAAAAAAAACCGAACUUUUGGACCAUCGUCCCAUUCCGUAGAUUGCAACGGUCUGCACCGAAGCGUUGACCCGAUAAUUAUUUUUCUAGUUACCUAUAAUAAUAAUAAUAAUAACACUUUUAUAGCUAAACUAUUAUAACCUAAGGAUCGGAAGGCGUUACAUAGACUACUAUACAAUGACAAUGCACCUUGUAAUUUUAAUCAUUGCAGAUAUCACACUCUUAAGGCAUAGACGUCACAAUUCUUGUGGCAACCAUUACUUAUUGGUAAACAGUGUUAAAAUGGGCUAUGCCACACUGAUGUUAUCAGCGAGUCCAGAAGCAGAUUACUCUGCCAAAGUUUAUCGCCGAAAAUUUAAUUUCGGUCGUCUAUUGAUCUAUUUGAACAUGAGUAUCAGCUCUAUUACAGUUUAGUAAUUACCUAGCUGAUUAGUCGGAAAUCAAUAGCUAUACAGUAGCCGAGUUAACUGUACUAAUAGAGCUUUUCGGUAGAAGCGCGAACGAAAUGGAAAAAACAUAGGAACGAGACGCUUAAACACGCGACGAAAGUUGCAAAGGCACGAGCGAAUACUGCUAGAGUCUAUUCUUCGAACCACCACAGAAGUUUAUACGGGUUUUCCUUUUGGAAAGAGAACCAUCGAUCAGCUGCGUGUACCUGAAUGCGAUACAUCACUCAGGACUCGUGAAGGACUAAACGGUUCGCAUAAUGAACUAUCUAGUUAAUAAAAAUAAACUAGGCACGUAUACGCUUAUAGAAAGCAAACGUUUUUUUAUAGCGAGUACACACAUGGAUUGCCUUUAACAUGAAUAAAUCCUGCUUGGCAAACAGUUUUGGUCAAGGACCAAAUCGUUUGCAUCGAUGUUCAGGUAUCCGUGUCGAAAAGACAUAAAAGGCUUGCAUCCCAAUAUACCCAUUAUACAACACAAGUUUGAAGGUCAACUCAGAGUUUAUCUAAAUUAUAUUAUAAUGAUAUAGUAUUUUAGUGGUAGUGCUACCUGCGCAACCGUAUUAUUUCAUUACGGAGAACUGAAGGAUGACGCCCUGCGGAGGAGAGAGAGAGUGGGAGGGCGGGGGGCGAAUGAACGUGACAAUGAAAUAAACGAGGUCACAUAAGAGGCCACAGCAAGCCCAAAUACUACAAAUCUCCAGCUCAAGGAAACGUACGCACGGUACUUUGCAGGGGUUGCGUUUGUCUGAAGUCAGGUUCGGACCGAGUAACUGGUUGGCGUACACGCCGCCGAAGCAUUAAACAGGAACGCAAUCUAGAGCAUAUAAUAAACUAACGAACAAAAUACGCAUUAUGAAAGAGUAAGCAUAACUAUAUGGACAGAAAAAAAAAGUUGUAAUGGCAACAACAAUCGUUGAUGACGUUCACGACUGAUAACCAUGUCUAUAGAUGACUAAACUAGUUAGAUAAAAUGACGAUGAAGUAUGAAAUACAUACGAUACAUAUGAAAUAAGAUUAAAAAUGUUUACAAUAUAAACAACUGUGGAAGAAACGUAUAGAAUUCAGUCAUCUAGAACGGUUAACUCGAUGAGACAUGAGACAGUGAUCGUACCAAUCAACACUGAAAGUGGCAUCGACACCGUGGCGAUUCACAUAUUUCAAACGAUCCAAUAAUAGGACAUAUAUAUAUAUAUAUAUAUAUAUAUAUAUACAAGGUGCUGAAGAAUAGAACUUCGGUGCUAUGUAGAAAGCUGUGUCGUUGCAGUUGUUUUUGAUGAGACUGAAACCAUAUAGAGAAUUUAUAGGAUAAGAGUCCGCUACAAGCUUAAUUGUUCUAUUUUUUUAUGAUUCAUUUUCCGCAAGGGUUGAAAGGCCACAUAAAACAGCAAAAAGGCGGCCGAGAUGAACAACGUCUAUGCAAUACUACCCGAAACGCAACAUAAGUACGUUAGAGUGAUGAUGACCAUUUAUAAAGGAAAUACGCAAUAUGGGCACUUAAUAGCAUGCUGCAACGAAUUUUAGUCGAGUCUUACCCAGGGGAAUAAUAAAGAACAACUUUUCUCUCAUGAGAAAACAUAACGGAUUAAACAGUGGAAUGAAGUUAAGUCUGAGUUGUAAGCUAAAUAUCAAUAAAAAAAAAAUCGAAUAUGGUGUGUUCUGUAGAGAA